UUGAAAAAUUUUAAGCGACUAUAGUGUUUGUGGCUUGGUAAAAAAUAUUAAUUUAAGCUUUAAAAGCAAGAAAAAUUAACUUAAAAUAGUCUAAAACUUGUAUUUUGAGAGUAAUUAAUUGAAAGCGAUUGAAAUAGAUUAGUGAUUCAUGUUAUUUAUAGUGUUUUUAACCAAUUGAAAAAAAUUUCCAUGAGCUAAAUUAAAUAGAAUAGUUUGAGCAAAACUUGUAAACUUAAGCGAUAAUUUAUAACGUGAAACCCUUUAGUGAAUUAAAUGUUGGAAGAAAUUUCAAUAGCGACUUUUCAACAACAAAUAUUGAUACCGCAACCUAAAUAUAUCAUCAUCAAUGUCCCGAUUGACAGGCGAUAAAAAUCAGCAACAGCCACAACAACCAAAUACAAAUCAACUAAUUGUCCAAAAUAUUCAACAACAAUCGAUACCGAUUCAAAAUUUUAGAACGCAACAGCAGCAGCAACAACAACAACAAAUCCUUACACUCCCACAAAGUGGUUCCUCCUAUAUUAUAAUAAAUAGUAAUACAAAUAAUGAUAGUGUCUCUCGAGCGCCAACAAAUGUAAAUACAAUCCAAGGCAGUAUUUAUUAUUCAUCAGCAUCAUCCGCAGCAGCAACAACAACGCCAUUAGUUGUGAAUCAGUCAUCUACAAAUGCCACAAAUUCAAUUUCUUCUCAAAUAUCCACAUCUACAACGAAUCACUUAGAUACCAGUUCUCCAAUCGCCAAGAAGCGUCUAAAACUCGAAACAGUCACGACAGACAGUUCGAGUAGUACUGGAAGUAAUACAGAAGACUUAUCUGCUCUAAAGAAGCGCAUUUUAGAACACAAAUUUCAACGAUUAAAGAGUCUCAAGGAGAAACAUGCUGAACAUGUAGCUGAGCUCUUUUUCCUUCAAUCGAAUGGCAACAUGAUGGAUUAUCCAGCAUGGCGCAAGAAACCACCUAUACCCCAAUUUAUAUCAUUUAAGAAAACGUACAGAUUAGAUCCUUCAGCAACUGAUGAUAAUGAUUCCUUCAGAACGAUAAAUCAACAGUCACCAGAAGGGGCUGAAAUUAAAAUCCCCGGUGUUGGCAGCACACCGAUAGCUAUUUCAACGCAAUUACCAGCUGCUGUUGCACAAUUAAGUAAGAAAGGGGGAACUCCACUUGUACCUGAAAGAAGACCUAUAGUAAUUGGAAGUAGUACAAAUGCAACCACAUCAAACCAUACGACUUCUGCAUCAUCACCCUCCAUAAAUUCGACAGAACCAGCCGUGUCUGUAAAAGCCAAAGAAGAAGCAUAUGUACUGCAACGAGUACAGGAGCUUAAAAGGGAGGGAUUAUGGAUGGGAACUCGAUUGCCGAAAUUGGCUGAGCCACAACGUAUUAAGACUCAUUGGGAUUUCCUUUUAGAAGAAAUGCAAUGGCUUGCGGCAGAUUUUGCUAAUGAGAGAAAAUGGAAGAAAUCUGCAGCACGAAAGUGCGCACGAAUGGUUCAAAAUUACUUUAAAGAGAAGGAAAUGGCUGUACAGAAGGCGGAAAAGGCACAAGAGCAAAAUCUUAAGAGGAUUGCUGCAUUUAUCGCCAAAGAAAUAAAAACCUUUUGGGCGAAUGUUGAAAAGGUUGUAGAAAUUAAGCAGAAUGUAAGAUUAGAAGCGAAAAGGAAGAAGGCAUUGAAUGAAAAAUUAAACUUUAUUGUUGAUCAAACUGAAAAAUACUCGCAACAAGUUGCCGAAGGAAUGAAUAAAGCUUCUGGACAGGCAACAAGUAAAGCUACUAGUCUCAAUUCAAGUCGUAUUUCGUCACCAACUCGAAUGAUGGGCUCUGACGAUGAAUGGUCACGUCCAAAUGAAGUUUCGGAUGACGAUGAGGAGACAAUCGCUCAAGCAGAAGCAGAAAUUCCAGCAAGUUCUACAAAUGAUGAAAUUGAUGCUCUGAAAAAAGAAUCUGAAAUGGAAUUGGAUGAUUUCCUUAAGACACUGCCGAAAGACUAUCUACUCAAUCGCGACAAAAUUGAUGUUGCUGACGAGUCUUCGUCGUCAAGUGCGCCCGAAGAAUCUGAUAAAGAAUUUGAGGCUACAAACGAGGACGAUGAAGAUGACGAGGAUACAAUCAUGGAACAAGAAAAGACUGAAAAGAAUGCAGAUCAUCAAGCUGAAAUUGAUGAACUAAAGGCUGAAGGCGAAAUGAGUAUAGAUGAGCUGAUGGCAAAAUAUAAACGGAAUGCGCCAAAAACAAGUGAACGUGAUUCUGAUGAUGACUCGACCGAUAACGAGGAGUCUGAGCAGGAACAAUCAGAUGAUGAAGUAGAGUCAAUGGAAAUUGACUCGGAUAAUGAGACUGAAGUUUCUGCGGAGAAUAAAGAAGAGGAUUUAAGUCUAAAGAAUCUUUUGGAUGUUGAUCAACAAGGUAAAAGUUCCGAAAACUGUGAUAACGGCGAUGCUUUAUUGAAUAAUGUAGCAGCAUUAGCACAAAGUAUUCAGCCAAAAGGAAAUACUUUAUCAUCGACGAAUGUUGUUACACCAAUUCCUAUACUUUUACGACAUACGUUACGAGAGUAUCAGCACAUUGGUCUGGAUUGGCUCGUAACAAUGUAUGACAGAAAAUUAAAUGGAAUUUUAGCUGACGAAAUGGGUCUAGGAAAAACCAUUCAAACUAUUGCUCUCUUAGCGCAUUUGGCUUGUGUUAAAGGAAAUUGGGGUCCUCAUUUGAUUAUCGUGCCAUCAUCUGUAAUGCUGAAUUGGGAAAUGGAAUUUAAAAAGUGGUGUCCAGGGUUCAAAAUUAUGACAUAUUAUGGAUCACAAAAGGAGCGGAAAAUGAAACGUAUUGGUUGGACAAAAAUUAAUGCUUUUCAUGUGUGUAUAACGAGUUAUAAAUUGGUAAUUCAAGACCAUCAAAGUUUUCGAAGGAAAAAAUGGAAAUAUUUAAUUCUUGAUGAAGCUCAAAAUAUUAAAAAUUUUAAAUCACAGCGAUGGCAAUUACUCCUAAACUUUUCAACCGAAAGACGAUUGCUGCUGACUGGAACGCCUCUUCAAAACAGUAUGUCUGAAUUGUGGUCAUUAAUGCAUUUCUUAAUGCCAAAUUUCUUCGAAUCACAUCGAGCAUUUGAUGAGCUGUUUUCAAAACCAAUGGCUGGAAUGGUUGAAGGAAAUAUGGAGUAUAAUGAGACAAUCAUUAUAAAACUUCACAAAGUUCUUCGGCCAUUUUUACUGCGACGUCUUAAAAGUGAAGUUGAAAAACAGAUGCCAAAAAAAUACGAACAUGUUGUAAUGUGUCGAUUAUCAAAACGUCAAAGGUUUUUGUACGAUGAUUUUAUGGGUCGUACUAAAACGAAAGAGACUUUAGCAAGUGGAAAUCUUUUAAGUGUUAUCAAUGUAUUAAUGCAACUUCGUAAAGUUUGUAAUCAUCCUAAUUUGUUUGAGACAAGACCUACAAUUUCACCAUUUCGAAUGGAACAAAUUAACAUGACUGUACCUUCAAUGGUCUAUAAUAUAGUUCAGUAUGAUCCACUAAAGGAUAUUGAUUUAGUGGCAUUAAAUUUAGUACUAAUACAAUUAGAGAUGUGCUUAACGGCUUUUGUUGCAUUUAGAAUGAAACAAUUAAUAACACCGAAGAAAUUAAUAGAAGAGAUUGAUUCCGCCCCAACAUUACCACCAGUUUGUCCGCAGGGAAAGUGUAAAAUGCAUUUAAGAAUAAAACCAUUUGCACAAAAAGAAAUAUCAACGUGCUCACAAAUAAAAAUCGGUACAAGUCCUGCAAUGAGAUCCUCAAAAUUUACACAAAAUGAGCGGAAAAUCAGUCAACCUAUGCUCGUUGAUGAUGAUAAGACUCAAAUUACUCUUCAACAAAUUCCAACAUCCAGCGGCACUAUCAAUGUUCGUUCAAAUAAGGCAACACAUCAACUUAUUCAAUCAUCAUCUGGACAAAUUUAUCUAGUAAAUAGGAAGCAAGGAAUUUUAACAGCCAAUUCCGGUGUUAUGAUAGUAAAUCCUGUGUCUACAACUAGUAUAACCCCACCGUUAGCCAAUGCCGUUAUUGAUGCCGUGCGUAAAAGUUCGACAGAAAGUGUUGUAGAAAAUAUUGAGAAACAAUCGCCAUCUGAAUUUCAUCUGCCAAACAUUCAACAACUCCAGCAAGAAUAUCGUCGUCAUAUUUUACAAUUGUUGAGCAAAAGUAAUCAACGGAAAUGCGAUGCUUCUCCACUUUAUGGCGAAGAUGUGCGGAAGUUCCUCAGUAAAGUUAUUUCUAAUCCAAAUUUAAAAUAUGAUGAGCUGUAUUCAUUCAAUUCAAAAAGUCACGUAUCUUGCCAAUAUGAAAUUUUAAAGAAGGCUGCAUUUAGUAGUCUUUCUGAGAUAAUUAAAUGUAAUGAAGAUCGCACAGAAGAGUUGAAGGAAAUUUUUGAAAAGUUUGUCUUUGUCGUUCCUGCUGUUAGCGCCAAAAUUCCAACAUUAUCCGUUACUCAUAUGCACCCAUCAAUAAGAAAUAGCGAACAAAAUCGAAAUGAAAUCAUUUGCAAAGAUAUCGGCCCAAAAACUCAUCUCUUGCAUCCAAUCGCUUCAGCAAUGACAACUCAAUUCCCGGAUCCACGAUUAAUUCAAUACGACUGUGGAAAAUUACAAUCGUUAAAUCUUUUAUUAAGGCAAUUGAAGUCAGAGAGCCAUCGAGUCUUAAUCUUUACACAAAUGACAAGAAUGUUGGAUGUGCUUGAAGCUUUCCUUAAUUAUCAUGGUCAUAUAUAUUUGAGACUUGAUGGAACAACAAAAGUAGAACAAAGACAACUUUUGAUGGAACGAUUUAAUGAAGAUAGGAGAAUAUUUGUAUUUAUUUUAUCAACAAGAUCUGGCGGUGUCGGCAUAAAUUUAACAGGUGCCGAUACAGUAAUUUUCUAUGAUAGUGACUGGAAUCCAACGUGCGAUGCUCAAGCUCAAGAUCGAUGCCAUCGAAUUGGACAGACGAGAGACGUCCACAUUUAUCGAUUAAUUAGUGAAAAGACAAUCGAAGAAAAUAUUUUGAAGAAAGCUAAUCAGAAACGUUUACUUGGCGAUUUAGCAAUCGAAGGUGGAAAGUUUACGGAAGCUUAUUUCAAAAACUCAACAAUUCAGGAUCUUUUUAAUGUUGAUCAGAGCGAUGAUGCAACGGCUCGUUUAGCUGAUGUUCUCGACAGAGAUAAAGAAAGGCGAGAAAAAUUGACUCAAACAUUAGCAACCACAUCAUCAUCAUCAUCAUCAUCUGCUAGUAAUGAGAAUGAUAAGACUGCAGUGGGAGUUUUCGAAUCAGCCUUAGCAGCUGCUGAAGAUGAUCAAGAUGUCGAGGCUGCAAAAGUUGUAAGGCAAGAAGCUGCUGAAGAUUUGGCUGAAUUCGAUGAAAACAUUCCAAUAACAGAAGAUAGAGAACCGGAACUAACAAAACAAGAAAAGGAGGUUCAAAAUCUAGUCGAACAAUUGAGUCCAAUCGAAAGAUAUGCAAUGAGAUUUGUUGAGGACACUGGAGCAAAUUGGGCAGCAGUUCAGCUGAAAGCGGUUGAAAUGGAAAUCGAACAACAAAAACGUGAGUGGGAAGAAAAGAGAUUAGCACAGCAACAACAGCAAGAAUUGGAGAAACAAAACGUCGAAAAAGAGGAUAGUGAGCUUCUAACGUACAGUCGAGAGGAUUCACUUAAUAAGAUUUGGGUUUCAAAAAAUACUAUGGAAACAAUGCCGAUGUGGUGUCCUCCAACUCCUCCACAAGACGACGAAUCAGACCUUUAUAUUGAUUAUUCGUUAAGAUUUCUAUACAACACAUGCUCUGUUAUGAACGAUGAACAAUUACCAGCCAUUUAUGUUCGAAAAGAGUACAAGAGAAUGAGAACAGAUGAUGGAUUUUACAUUGAUGGUCGCCGUCCACUCAAAAUGCGUAAAGAUGAUGGAUACGUACCUCCCAGGUCCCUAUUUGAUCGACCAUCUCCAGCUCUUGCAAAGAUGAGAAAAGAUUUAAAGCAACAAAGAAAUCGUGGAUUAAUCAGAUCAAUGCCAAUGGCAAAUUUCAAGCAACAAAUCCCAAUGAAACCUUUAGUAGAACCAGAAGGAAUGGCUGAGUGGCUUAUUUUUGAGGAUCGAGCAAUAUUAAAUGUGAUUCAAAAUUUACAGGGUUUGCCAUUAAAUUUGAUGUUGAUUUCCCCGGGACAUACUCCCAAUUGGGAUCUUGUUGCUGACAUUGUUAAUCAAACAUCGAGGACAUAUAGGUCUCCAAAGCAUUGCCGUUGGCGUUAUGAAGCUGUAAUUCUUCCACGAGAAGAGGGAAAACUUCUCGAUAGUCCGAAGAAGCAAAAAAAGAAUAAAGGCCUAUUAAAGACUUCAAUGAAAAAUGCAAGAACACCAAGAACUGCACAAUUGUAUCAGAAUGACAACAAUAACUCAUUUACCAAAUUGACAAAAAUGAAAUUUGAUGCAAUUAAGGCAGCUAUGGUGAAAAAACAACCUCAAUUAAAGAAAUAUAUGGGCAAUGCAAUUUUAAAUCAAAAACAUUUGCCUGUUUUAGCUGAAAUGGGUAUUGCUAGUUACGAUUUGCCAUUAUCACCGAUUGAUAUCGCACAGAGAUGCUUUGAGAGACUAGUACAAGAAAGAAAUAUAAAUCAACAAAAGAUUGAGCAACAAGUCAAGUUACAAACUAAACCACAAACAAGUGGAACGACUCAAUUAAUGUCUGAUCAAUUAUCUCCAAUGCACAUUCAACAACAAGCAUCACCAAUUCCACAAGCAUCUCCUCAGCCACAAAAUAUUUCUCAAAUUUCACAGCAAGCAACCAUUGUAGUUCAGCCAAGUGGAACUAUAGUUACAUCACAGCAAUCUCAACAACAAGGAAUAACAGCUCUCGUUCAUGGAUCUCAAAUACAAACACAAAGAAUAAAUUUAACGUCAAGUGGAUCUGCUCAGCAGUCACAACAAAUAAUGAAAGCGAUUGUUGCAUCGCCUUCAACAGGACAGCAAACAACAUUGCUAACUGGAAUCAUUCCACAAAUUCAUAUUAAUCCACAAUCAAUGCAAAACUCUCAAUCAAAUUUAAUUCAAACGUCCUCAGUUUCUGUCGUUUUAACAUCUCCUCCAACGACUGUGACUAGUGUUCAGCCGCAAAUUGUCUCUAUCCAACCGACUGUUGCCACCAGUACUCCAAUUGUAACUUCAGGAUCAAUUGUUCAAACUAUUAAUCCACAACAAGUUGGUUCACAAGUCGUAUCUGUUUCACAACUUGCAAUUGGAUCAUCAAGUUUAACGCCAAAUCCUCAAGGAACUGCAAUUUCUACAAACUCUCAAAUUCGUCAGCGUUCAGUCUCGAAAGAAGUUAUUUUUCAAAGACCUGGCCAGCAAAAUCCAACUGUAAUUUCACUAAGUGGCUUAACAGGACAAGGUUUGACACAACUUCAAAAUGCAACAUUAAGAUUCACAUCAAAUUACCAGCCAAAUCAAAUAAGAGCUUCAACGCCUGAUCAAAAAGUUGUUGCUACUGGAACUAAACGAUUUGAACUAGUCACAACUCCACAAUUUCAUAUUUAUGGUCAACAACAAGUUCGACAAAAGCUACGAUUUCUUCAAACUGGUCCAAUAAAUCAAUCUGGAUCUCCUCAAACGACUGUUGUAAGUUCAAGUAGUGGUGUUGCUCAAACUGUACAAGUACAGAGUGGCUCUGGACAAAAAAUUACAGUUGCAACUAUAAAUCCAACAACUCAAGCUGGUACAAUACAACAGACGCAGUCUGUUACCGAAGGUAAUGUGGAUAAUCAACAGGGAUCUUCAAGUGUUACGGUACAGGUUGGAUGCGGACCGCAGCAAAGAGCUCAAUUUAUAAAGCAAGUAGGAACGACUCAAACGAUUGGGCAAGGAAAUCAAAAACUUGUUAUGCUUCAACGAGAAAUUCCACAACAAUUUAAGAGUUCACCAAUACAAUUGACGACGCCAACGCAAAUUGCAUAUGCUCAAUCUGGAAAUCUUCAGCUGCAGCAAGCUAGUGGCUCUACGAGUGGUGGACAGCAAAUUACGACAUUAAUUAAAACAUCAGCGCCAUCUGGAAUUACUACAGUCGCAGGAACGAGUCAAAUUAAUAUGAAAUUGUCGCCUGUUAGAGCGGGAUUAGCUCAAAAUUCUACUGUUCGACAAGUUGCGAUUCCUCAAACAAUGACUAUGAGUACAUUACAAGGAGCUCGAAAGACUACUCCAAAAGUCGCAAGAAUUGCUCAAGUAACUCAAAAUAAAUUGAUAUUACAGCAGGGAAAAGAAGAGGGAAAAUAUAUUGAUGUACGAUCGAUAAAAUCACCCGGAAUAUUUUUGAGCAAUUCAAGUGUAAGCAAUGUCAUUCCUGUUUCUGUAUCUCAAACAAGAACUGAAACUCUUCAGUUUGUAACACCAUCGACGAGAGGAAUUGGCAGCAACAUAAGAUUACAACCUGUUCAGGCUAUUAAGAUGAUUUCAGGAAGUGAUAGCCCAAAUUUACUUCAAGUAAUCGGAAAUCGAAGGAUUUCAAAUGUUCAAAAGACACAACAAAAUGUGCAGCAACAAAUUUCAACUAUUGAUCAGUCAUCAAGUCAACAAGCAUCACCGAAUCAGCAAAUUACUACACCACCUCAAAAUUCUCCGCAACAGAAAUAAACAAAUUUUCUCUCCAAUGUCUAUCUAUUUAUAAAACAGUUCCAGGAUUGUAAUUAACUAUUUAAAUUAUACAAUUUUUGAUCAAACUUCUUAAAUAUCUCAAUCUAAAACAAACACAAAAUAAUAAUAUAAACUUUUUAUUAAUCCAUGUCCUCUUUAAUAGAAUAAUUUUAAAAAAAUGCAAACAAAAAUUUAAAUGGAUUAAACUUGAUAGCAUGAAAUGACUUAGAUUAAGUUAAUAAUUUUAAUUGAAACGAUUGAUUCAAAAAAGAAGAAAAAAUUAAGAGCGGUUUUCAAGAAAAUCGCAACAUCCAACUCAACGAAAUAAAG